ACGGGUAAAGCCCACAGAACUUAAGUGGUGCCUCUCUUUUAAACACUUCCCACUACUUCGCGCUUCCCAACGCUGCAAAAAGUUUCAACCUUUUAAGGGUUUCGUCCGAACGAAGGAGAUUGAAUAAUCCCCCAACUCACUCACAACAUCACAGAGACAGAGAGAAACAGAGAGGGUUUACGAUGGAUUUGGAUGGACCACUUGAUUUCGAGAACGAAGAUCCUCUGGUUAACCCACCAGCCGCAAUUGAAAAAAGGAAGAAAGUGAUUGGUUUGGAUGAUCUUCUCUCUGAUUUUUACAAAGAGAAGAGUAAAGUUAUAGACAAGCAGAACAAGAAACGCAAAGUCACUAAGGUUUACGAUUCUGAUGAUGAUGAUGAACUAGGCAAAGUAGCUCAGCUUUCUCAAUGUGUUGAUGAGUGUCAUAGUCAGAUGAAUGAGAUAGCUGGUGAUGAAGAUUAUCAAGAAUGGGGUUUAUGUAUGUUUGGAGAUCAGAAAGCUCCAUUGCCUAUACCGCAUCUUGAUCUCGAUAGUUGCUGCUUGUUGAAAGAGUUUAUGGAUGAUCAGUUGAAUCUGAUGGUGGGUCUUAGCGUAAAUGAAGGAACGACAUUUCUCGAAGGACUUCUGGUUAACGGGUGGCUCACAAAACUGAUCUUGACGUGUGCACGAGUGGAAAAACUCAUAUGCAAAUGGACGCUUAACAUAUUGUUGUAUUCGUCAAAAGAAGAUCUAAGAUCAUCUGCUUGUGACUUUUGGUGUUCCAUACUGUUAUCACAAAACGAGGUUAAUGGAGCUCCUGUUGAAAUUAAGUGGCUUCCUAACUACCAAGAACUUAAAGAAGCUCUUGAAAUAUAUGGUUUCAGACUUAACUCUUCACAAGAUGUUGAACUAACAGAAGCAGAUUCUGAGUUUCAAGGUCCUCCUCAGAAUAUUAGAGCUUGGCUCAAACUUGUCACAGCUUGUUGUCAAAUUAGGUGUAAAAAUCCCAUUUUCUCGACUUCACAAGUUGAACAGAUAGCCGAAAUCCUUGUACUACUGCUAUUAGAUCGCGGUCUUUUAGGUCUUCCACUUCUUUUGCAAGAGUGCUUAACAUCUGUUGUUGGAUCCUUCAAAGAUGAAGAAUGGGUUUCAAGCUGCAGAAAAAUAGCAACCUCUCUUGCUUCCAGAGUUCCUGAAGACAUGAAUUGUUUGAGGAUAGUGGAAUCUGUAUCAGGUGUUGAUGCUCGAAGCAAGUAUCUGAGAAGUUCCAUCGCGAAUCAAAUACUUGUUGUUUUACUUGACCAUAAGGACAGCGACGAAAAUUUGUUGAGCUCGCUGAUGUCUAUCAAUGUGAAGGAGAAAGGUUGCAACCUUUUCAAAACCUACAUUUUCGUUGUUUUGGCUGAGAACUGGCUCUUCUCCAGCAAACUGGUAGAAGAAAAGCCGGUACUGAAGGACAUGUGGGCUGUGUUUCUCAGAAACUGUUCUUGUCAGAUCAACAGCACUGAUCUCCGGCCUUAUGCAUCUAAAGUUCGUACCAAAGCCGCCUAUCUUCUUCAAGGAUGCAGCUGCAAUUGAAGGGCUUACAUCUGAAACUUUAGGAGUAGUUUCGCUAAUAGUAGGUUUUGGUAAAAAAAAAAUCUCUUUACCACUAAAAGACAUAUGUAGAACCCUUAAUUUACCCUCCUUUUGUCCCACAUCUUUGUGGUAUUGAUGGAUACUUAGGUUGAUUUUAACAAAUCUAUAAUGCUUCAAGUGGUACUACAAUUCUUAUAUCGCUAGGCUAUGAACCAUCUUGACCUUGUGUAUGCGAUAAUGUUUUUGAUAUAAUCUUCGAAUAUGACGAUUCUUUUAUCA